UGUGCAAGCAUCAGCAGUGUAAUAUCGCACUACAUACAGUCGAGUACGGCUCGUAAGAAUGAUGCAGAAGAUGCCCAGAUCCAGUGUAGGCUCGGCCAAAGGAACCGCACAGAUGCACUUAACAAAUACUUUGUUCACCAUGGACAACCUUGUGUGUGUUGUAUUGAUGGCGUUUGCUAUGGUCUAUGUAUCCAAUCUAUUUUUGACCUUAAAUGACAUCACGUAUAGCACAAGAACGAUCGCCUCGGAAGAGAAGGGAUACAAUCUGUACUCGGAGCAAGCAUUCUACUACUCCUUUUAUGACGACAUUGUCAAAGCCCCGAGCUUUCAUGAAGGUGUCCAAGGCCUCACCGCCAAUACCCGUUCAGAGUAUCCCGAUACGAUCAAUACACUGAAUCGAUUCAACAUAUAUCCGGAAGUGAUCAUGGCUUUUGCGUAUCGAGUAAUGGGCUCAUCGAUCUACAGCGAUCCGUUCGAUUUUAUGAUGGUCUUCGUGUGUACGCUCGUCGGACUACAGACUGCCAUGAUUUACCUCACUGCCAGAAAUUUCGGCAAGUCCAACGUCUGCGGGAUUGCGGCGGCGCUUUUGGUGACCUUGAAUUUCUUCGAAUUCUCUCGCGCACAGACACAUCCAAUGCUACGGGAGGGUUUUGCACUGCCCUUCUUGUGGAUGCAGGUGAGUUUUAUGCACGGAUGUGUGGCCGCCGAAGCUUCGAUGCUGCGAUUGAUCGGAUUAACCCUGUCAUCAACUGCGUUCCUAUUAUUUUGGCAAUUCAGUCAGUACCCUCUACUGCUUCAAAGCGUGGCUUUGUAUCUGGUGUAUUCUAUCGGUCGGAUGGGUGCUACUAGGGUGAACAAAAUUUACGCUAGCCAGUUGAUCGCAGUAGUGGUUGCGUCCACGCUAAUGUUUGGGAAUGAGAUGUUAUUAACGUCGCUGCAGUUGAUAUUCUGCCUUGCGGCUAUGACUGUCAUAGAGAUCGAACGAGCACUCACAUCUCGCUCCAAUAGCUGCUUCAACACCAGUCUCCUAUACGUUGCACUACGCGUUGCAGCCGUGGCAGGGCUGACACUCGCCUGCAAGGUAGGCUUCAACAACGUCAUGGGCAUUGAAGACGACGCACACGUGCUCCUUAUUCUCAAGGCACAUUUGGUCGGCUACGAGGACUUUACCACCCUGCAGUAUCUAUGUGGACACGCUUACAACCCCCUACCGGGUUGGGCCAUCACCAAUCUCAUGAAUUCGUUGCUGAUCCCAGCUGCUGCAGCCGUGUAUAUCUGCCUGCUCGUCAAAACGGGGCUUGACUGGAUGGGUGACUACGGCGUCGUGAGUAGAAACAAUGUACGUGCUGGAGAUGCAUCAAUGCCGUUUCUCUUUGCACAGAGCUCUGGUCUAAUUCUGCUGGGGUUUCUGAUGCUGCGCAUGUUGCCCUUCUUCACCCCGACUCUUGCGAUUAUGGGUAGUUUGCUGUUCACAGAUAAAUACGAACUACUCCUGCCAGCCGCGUGGUUAUUUCUCUCAGAUGCCGAGACACCGUACGCAGACUAUAAGAAAACGGAUGGAGAUACGCAAGAGCCAGCACCCCAACCUAAUAGGAAAUCAGGGAAGAAAAAGGGCUCCACACGUGCACAGCCACCCGCCGCGCUCAAAGUCAGGAAAGGCGGUUCAUCCGCAAAAGCUUCUCAAACUCAAACGCUGUAUUCCAUCAUCACCUGGAUGAUCAGAGCUGCUAUGUUUUUUGCGAUUGUGACAGCCGGCUGGACUCGCUUUAGUACUUUAAUUAACGCACAACGGAAGGAUCAAUAUGGAAUAGCAGAGCCGAAAAUGCUAGUUAUGGAAUGGAUCGAGACCAAUCUACCAAAGGAUGCCGUUAUCACUGCCUCUAUGGACCUGAGCUCGCAUGUAAAGCUCGCCACUCGCAGGCCAAUAACAAUUCAUCCGCACGCAGAGAAGCGCAACAUGCGAGAUAGAUAUAAACUACAGUACCAAUCAUACGCAAAGGUAUCGGAGGCAGACGUGUAUUCAGCCAUGAAGGAGCUUAAGACCGAGUACGUCAUCACCAGCGGCUGCAUGGCUAAGUGCGCGGGUGGCUAUGGCUAUGACUACAUCGCGUCCCAAAGCGGCGUGAAGAACACCGGCAUGCCCACGACAGAGCGCUUCUGCCAAAUGGCCGUAGGCAAUAGUGCAUCGCUCAAGAAUUUCGAACUGCUGUACAUCACACCCAACAAAUCAAUUGCGCUGUACAAAGUGUUAUGAGAAACACGGCAGAGGGAGCUGGUGUGAUACUAGGUGGCAGAAAGAGCACCCCCAUGCACUCUAGAUGUCCAAAUCAGCGUUAUGCUGGACUUCAUGAUGCAGCAGCGAUGACAACUGACUGAUAACGCACAGACCGGAGGGAUCUGUGUGCAAAUCGGAUUUCUUCGUUUGACGCUGUGAAUGCGUAUAGCAUACAACAGAGGCAAAACAAGUUAAAUGCACUCACGAGCGUAAUAGGUAUUUGGCUGAUUGGAAGCCAGGGCUACACUGCACCAUUAUGCUGAGUAUUCCACAGCAAUGUUGUUGUAUUGCACAGUACCAUCAAAUUUUGAAACUGCUCGUGCUCCGGCGAGAAGCAGGACCAUACUUCGCCUGCUCGGAUGAGUAUCAUGACUCGGUUAUGUGAGUCAUUGAUGAUCAGCUAUAAAAGACACGCUGCUCUACUCUGCUCCGUUCUGGUACCGCCCUAGAUUUACUACAUGUAGCAUAUGUUGGCAGCAAUCUUUUGAUUAGGCUGAUUUUGAAAAGUAGAAUCUGGAACCUUGACAGUGGUCGCCAGCUAUGCCUUAAAGAUGCAUCUUAGUUUCAAUUAAAUCGCCGAUGAAGUACGGAUCAAUCAAUACUCGA